UCUCUCUCUUUCAUUGCGGUUGCAGGGUAGCUGCAGAAAGAACCAAAUGAAACGAAACAAAAAAAACGACACAGAAACGAACCACCCACUGAUAUGAAGUGAAGAGGUUGGGUGCGUGUGGGUCCCACUUAAUCUCUUUCUUAACCCCCCACUUUCCAUUUUAUACACUCACCACAUCACCGACGCAUACCAAGCACUCAAAUAAAAAAAUCAAUUCAACUCAACUAACUCCACCAGCCACCACCAUGACGACGGCGAUCUCGGUGGCGGAACCCGAACUGAAAACAUACUGGUGCCACGAAUGUGACAUGAGUGUUUCUUUAACUACUUCUCUCACCCCCUCUCCUCUACUCUGUCCCCAUUGCGACACUCAUUUCCUCGAACUCAUGGACUCACCUUUUUCUCAAAACGACGCCGAUUCUUCAUCCCUAUUCGAUGUCGUUUUCCAAGAUGCGCUUUUACUACUCACACCUCCUCCCCCGAAAUCCCGCACUGAAACAUCAAUCCCUACAAUAACCGUCACACAAACGCUUCUUACCUUACUCGAUCCCUCAAACGGCGUCGUUAUUUGCGCUGUUUGUAAAGAAACGGUUUCCGUUGACGAGGAAGCGAAACAGCUUCCUUGUGAUCAUCUUUAUCAUGCGGAUUGUAUUACUCCGUGGCUUCGGAUUCGUUCUUCUUGUCCUCUUUGUCGGUGCGGAAUUGUGGAGGAUGAAGAGGAUGAGGAUGAUGAGGAAGAUGAUAUUAAUGGUGGAGAUGUGAUGCGGGAGAUGGUGAUGCGGUUGUCGGAGUUGUCCGAGGAUGAUUUCUAUGGAUUGAGGAUUACUCUGAAUCACAUUGCUUCACGUCAUGCUCUGCUUCAUUCUAAUGAUUCUGGUGCUGGUGAGAAUGGUGGUGAUGCUAGUGAACUUGGUGGUGUAGAUGGAGAAGAAUCUUAAUGCUGAGAUUCUUUGCGGUAUAUAGUGUACUAAAUGAAUAUUGAAGUUGUAUCACCAUAGAUCGUCUUAUCAAGUGUAAAUCUACACCGACGAAUAUGGUUCUUCUGUUUUUCCCUUCUUUUUUGGGGAACUCCAACUAGCUAGUUUUAGUGCUAUAGCCAUAAAUACAAUAAACUGAUGGAAUGCACAAGUAUCGUGCAUUUCUUGUCCCCCUCUCCACUCUCUGUAUGUCAGUCCUUGAAACUGGAUUCUCUUAAACCAAAUUCCUCUCUAUCUUAGUCAAUAAAAUCAUUGUAGUAUUCAGCUCUCGUUUAUGUUAUGUCUGUAUUGCUGAAGUGGAUUUUAUCCAUUGAAACAUUUCGUUCACGGUUUUUUUGAUUUACAUUAGAUGAUAUUAUUACAUGCCAACAUGGAUGUAGCCUGUAGUUUGGGCAUGAGAUUGUUGAGGGAUUGUAUCAUCCGAGUGUUGCUGUGUAACGUGGAAGAGCAAUCAAAUAUAUAUUUUGUCUUUGAGUCA